AUACGUCAUCUGCGCGGGAAAGAGUCGUGCAAGUUGUGCUCUUUAACUACUGCGCUGUAAGAUGUGUUCAACUUCAUAUAUAUAUUAAUUUAGAUUUCUGAGCGUUUAAGUGAGACGGAAUACUGUUGUUUAUUUAUUUGUUUAUUAAGGAGAAUUGAGACGGUUGCAUAAACUAUCGGCUGACCUCAUAUCAAAUCUGCACCAUGAGCCGCUACAUCACAAGACUGAGAAUGAGAAGAUCCUACAAAUGGAAUGGCAAACCAAUUGGUGAAGACAGGAAGCUCAAAAGGCAAUACUACGAAUCUAUGUCCAUUUCUGUGGAGGGAAAGACAGAAGAUGCAACAGUGUCUUUAGGCCAGUGCAUUUUGAUUGAGGGUGAUGACGAUGACAAUCCCUUUGUGGCACAACUUUGCAAACUAUACAGUGAUGAUUCAGGAAAGAAAAAGACAGCAGUAGUGCAGUGGUUUGUGCGGAUGUGUGAAGUACCUCAGAAUAAACGCAAGCUCUUGGGCAGAGAUCCCCAUCCUCAAGAGAUAUUUUUCUACCAGGACCGCUCUUGUGAUAAUGAGGUGGAUGGAGAGACCAUUCUUGGAGCAGUACAGAUUGAGUAUGUCCCAGCUGAGGAUUCCUUUCCAGAGGGCAAGAGCAAAGACAUACUAUUUGUCAAACUCUUGUGGGAUACCAAAUCCUUCAGAGUGUUGGAUCCUGAGCUGAUGCAGCCCCCUCAGAGCCCUAAAUCUCCCCCACCACCUUCACGGGGCCCUCAGACUCAUGCUCUUCCAACCCCAGAGCCCUCUGUAAUGAAACGGGCCAUGUCAGGCACCCUCACCCGCAGCAGCAUGAGCACCGGCAAACUGAACUCCGGUGAAGCAGAGUCUCUUCACUCUGCUUCCAAACUCUCUGCAGCUAAAGCUCUUAGUGCAAAGAGGAGAAGCCGAGCUUCCUCUGGGCCGCAUGUUCGCAAGAAGCUGGACUUGUGCAGUCCGACUAAAAACAUGUCCCGAGAUGAUGUUCUGGGGGACAUUCUUGAUGAACACACAGAGAAGACGCUGACGUCUAAAUUAAACCUGUCUCCAACAGGUCGCAUCUCCAUUUCUAUUAGACUAACUCCACUAAAUCUUAAUGAGGAGGAGCGUGUCUCUCCUCUGUCCUCACACAGCCCUGAAAAGCCCAAACUGACUGCACAUGAAAAAGAUGAUGCAACCAGUGUCUUUCUUGGGGAUGAUGAUCCAGAGCCACUAGUUAGCACAAGCAGAACUCCCAGGAAGAGAGAGGCAACCCCUAGGAGAGAAGGUCUAAGAGGACUGAAGGCAAGAACUCCAUCCAGGAGGAAAGAUUCAGCUGCACUCAGAGAACCAGCACUGGCUGCUCUAGCUGAAGAGGAGCAUGAAGAUUCACCUAUCCAGACUGCUGCUACUCCUCGCUCGAAAAGGAAAUCUGCCCAGCUUGUGUCCUCCCACAUCAGAAAGCAGCUAAAUGUAUUGGGCAACAAGGUUGACUUGCUGUCAGAUGGUGAGGAUGAUGAUGACUGCUUCAUACCUACUAAAACUGAUCUGCAGAGUAGCAGCGAUGAGGAAGAGGAGGCAAAGAUUGACAGUGAAGAUGAGCUUAUAGUGAAGAAGCGUCGAGGAUCCCGAACACCCCGAUCUAUAGAGAAAUCCCGUGUCUCUGCUAGAACCCCACGUAAAACGCCCAUCAAGAAGACUGCUCCAGCCACCCCAAGGACACCACGUCAUGCCACUCCCAGCAUACCCAGCAGGAGUGCACCGGCCAGGAAGCCAGGGAAUGUUCUGGAAGAAGCACGAGCAAGGUUGCAUGUUUCCUCUAUUCCUGAGUCUUUGCCAUGUCGAGAACAAGAGUUCCAGGACAUCUACAACUUUGUGGAGAGUAAAGUCAUUGAUGGCACUGGAGGGUGUAUGUAUAUCUCAGGUGUUCCUGGUACUGGGAAAACUGCAACAGUACAUGAGGUGAUACGGUCCCUUCAGCAGUCCGCUGAACAAGAUGAGAUCCCUCACUUCCACUUCAUCGAGAUCAAUGGCAUGAAAAUGACAGACCCGCACCAGGCUUAUGUACAAAUACUGCAGAAACUGACUGAUCAAAAAGCAACACCUGAUCAUGCAGCUGCACUACUGGAGAAACGCUUCGGCACUCCUGCACCCAAAAAAGAGACAACUGUGCUAUUAGUAGACGAGCUUGACCUAUUGUGGACCCGUAAACAAAAUGUGAUGUAUAACUUGUUUGAUUGGCCAACAAGGCGCAACGCUCGUCUGGUGGUUCUUACCAUUGCAAACACAAUGGAUUUGCCUGAGAGGAUCAUGAUUAACCGUGUUGCCAGUCGACUGGGUCUGACAAGAAUGUCCUUCCAGCCAUAUACCUUUAAACAGCUACAACAGAUCAUCACAUCGAGACUGAACAGACUGAAGGCUUUUGAAGAAGAUGCUCUCCAGCUAGUCUCAAGAAAGGUGGCAGCGCUUUCAGGUGAUGCACGACGUUGCCUUGAUAUCUGCAGGCGGGCCACAGAGAUUUGUGAGCACUCUGGAAGUCAGAAGAAUGGUAGUGGAUUGGUUGGGAUGAGCCAUGUGAUGGAGGCUUUGGAUGAGAUGUUCUCCUCUUCCUACAUCGCAGCUAUCAGGUGCGCUUCUGUUCAGGAGCAGCUUUUCCUGAGGGCUGUUAUUGCAGAGUUUCGUCGACUGGGUCUAGAAGAGGCCACUUUCCAACAGGUGUUUGUUCAGCACCAGGCUCUGUGUCGUGUUGAGGGUUUGCAGCCGGUGAGUGUGUCUGAAGGACUGGCAGUCUGUCAGAGACUGGGUUCCUGUCGCCUGCUUCUCCUUGAGGGAAGCCGCCUGGACCUGUUUCUCCGUAUCCGACUCAAUGUUAGUCAGGACGAUGUGCUUUAUGCAUUGAAGGCUGACUAAAACUCAGACUUACCUAACUAGCAACCUGUGUGGAUCCCCACUGGGUCUGUCCACUUUUUGGACAGUCAGUGAGCCGAUUUUACCUGGAGCUUCACAGUUAAAUCCUUAUGAACUGAAUGUGAGAUAUUGUCCCAAGUCCGUUUUGAAUAAAUUAUACAAUUUUAAUGUUUGGUAUUAUAUAUGUAGUUCUAUAAAUUUGAAUUGUACAUUUUGUGUAUUGUAGCACAUACCUUUUUGCUUUAGAUCAUGUUAGAAUAUUUUCACAAAGGCAUUAUUCUAAAGCAGUUUUUAUGUAUUUUAUUGUCGGAAAUAAAGACCCAUUCAUUUGGUGUUUAUCAUUUAAUGACUGUCAAUGUAAAAUGUACAAGAAUAAGCACCAGAACGUUGGAAAUUUUUCAGAUUUUACUUGUGUGAUGUCUUGAUACAAUAAAGCGAUUGACUGUUCAGACCUGA